AUGCAGCCGGCUCGUUGUGUUCGGUCUUGGGUGAAGUCCCUACAGCUCGGCCUUGUGAGCAUGACGGAGGCCAUUCUCUCAGGGACAUGGAGGGAACAACAAUACCAGCUCCUUCGGGGGGCUCGACGGAAUUCUCAAUGCUAUAACUUCCAAAAGACGAAGAGAACUUUUACUAUUCCUGGGCUGGCAAUAGCGGCUAUGUUGAUCCUUUGGUAUGUUCUCUCGCAUCCACGGCUUGAUUUGAACGCCUUCGAUGAACGUGCUUGCCAACAUCCAGUCGCUCGACUUGCUUUUGAUGCCAAGCUGACGUUCAACAAAAUGUUGGGUCACCAGUCGAAGUCAUUGGACGAGGCAGUGGCGGAGUAUCAACGACGAUAUAAGAUGCCACCACCCCCCCACUUCGACGAAUGGUAUGCGUUUGCAAUGUCACGAAACACAGUCUUGAUCGAUGAAUUCGAUACGAUAUAUCAUGCUUUGCUGCCCUUCUGGGGAGUUGCACCCGGCACGAUUCGUUCUCGCGUGAGAGAGGAUCUUGGAUACCAAAAUCACGUCAUGGGCAUUGCCAUUCGCGAGGGCAGAGCGAUUCAUCUGGGCAAUGGCCAGGGAGGAUUCCAGAGAGACGCCACAAUGAAGAUCCUUGACAAAUUCUCUCAAUGGUUACCGGAUAUGAACAUGGAAUUCAAUGUACACGACGAACCACGAGUGGUAAUUCCGCAUGAGGAGUUGCACAUGAUGAUCACUGAAGGCUAUGCAGCUCAUGCUCGGCUGAAUCGUAACCCAUCUUUGUUAAAUCAAUUCUCGCCCGGCGAUGUACAUGACCCUAUCCCACCAGUGCCGGUGUCCACGACCCGAUUCAACGACAUCGAGCGCCAAGAGACCUGGCUCUACUCGCGGCUUUCAUGUCCACUUGACUCACCCGCUCGGGCGCUGGAUAGUAACGCGCCGGAUAACUCAAGUGCUUAUGCAGUGGGUCCUUUGGGCUUUGUGUUCAACCAGACUGCCGCUAGUGAUAUGUGCAACAGCCCGUCCCUACGACAUCGACUAGGAGUCUUUGACCACCCAAACUCUUUCAAAGUGACGAACGAGUUGAUCCCGAUGUUUUCUAUGUCCCGUCCGUCUUCAUUCCAGGAUAUUGCAGUUCCCUCGCCGUAUUAUUAUGAAGGCAUGUCGCGGUUCGAUGCAGAAACCUCGGUUGAAUGGGAAAACAAGAUACACCAGCUAUACUGGCGUGGAAAAACUACCGGAGGACAUAGUCGGAACGGCACCUGGCAUAACCUACAACGUCAGCGUAUCAUCGGAAACCUGACCCAUCCACAAUCGCCCCACUAUCUCAUGCAGUCAAAGGGCGAUUCGAGAUGCACGGCGGGCCGCAGUGAUGGAUGGGAGGUCCAAGUGGCAAACCGAUCCCGGAUCGAGGGAUACUUCAAUACCCAUUUCAUGGAGAUCGUCGAUUGUGACGAGGACUGUCGAGACGAGCAAGUGUUUUUCGACGAUCUUGCGGAGCCAGAUCCUGCAAGUGAGGCCUGGAAAUACCGGUAUCUAUUAGAUAUGGAUGGUCAUGCCUACAGCGGGAGGUUCUACGCCUUCAUGCGUAGCAAGAGUGUUCCAUUCAAGUUGACCUUCUUUCGGGAGUGGCAUGAGGACAUUUUGGUCCCAUGGGUCCACUACGUUCCCAUUAACAAAGACGGCAAUGAGAUUCCCGAAUUGAUCCGAUUUUUCGAGGAAGAUCCUGCUGGUCAGCAGAUUGCUCGAUCCAUCGGUGAAGAGGGCCAAUCUUGGGCGGUCAAAACAAUCCGAAAUGAUGAUAUCGACGUUUACAUGUUUCGACUUUUCUUGGAGUACGCCCGGGUGCAAGAUGACCAGAGAGAGAAUCUGGGAUUGAAAUUAUAG